AUGAUAGGGACAGACUCCUAUCGCAUUUCCAUUGAACUAAAUACAAACCAGAGCCAACAAAGCGAAUCGGAACAUUCUGGCGAUUACAGACACUCACCCAUUUCCGUCACCGUGAUCGAUAAUCCAAUGGAAAACCUAGCGCCGUACCAGAAUCCACCCGAACCAUUGAAAGCCCGUUCGCUCGGAAACGGGGUGAUUCGGCUCUUUCGGGAUUUUGAGGACUCAGAACAGUGUGACCCGCUAAGGUCGGACCCACUUUCAAACGAAGGCGAUGAUACCAUGCUCUCUAUCAUAGCUUUACCCACAUACUUCACCGCCACGGAUCUUUUAGGAUACAUUGGAGAUUACUACAUGGAGUAUGUGACACACAUUCGGAUUUUGAAGAGCGAAAAACCCAACCGGUUCUUGGUUUUGAUCAAGUUCAAAGAUCUAGUGAAGGCGGCCGAGUUCCAAUACCAUUACGACGGGAAGCAGUUCAACUCUAUGGAACCAGAAACGUGCCACGUUGUGUUUGUCAAAUCUGUGGUGUUCGAGCCCGAGUCUCAAGAAUCGGGCGAAAACGAUAUGCUCAUCCCAUUUCUUCUUCGGGACCCAUUCACAAGUUCUGUCACCUCGAGCCCCUCUUCUUCCAGCCCAAGUGCUUUUGAGGACGAAGCGAAUCCCAUAGAACUUCCAACAUGCCCUGUGUGUCUUGAAAGACUAGACUACGAGAUCACCGGUCUUCUCACCAUCCCCUGCCAGCAUACUUUCCAUUGCCUGUGCCUCUCCAAAUGGAAAGACGAUACAUGUCCCGUUUGUCGCUACACCAAUAAUGUGUCCAAUCUCAAAAUCAGACGCUCCGUUAGGCGUCUUCUGCAAAUCAACUCUCGAAUGCAACAGCAACAGCAAUUGUCUCAGCAGCAAAUACCUGAAAACACUCUGGAAGUGACCGAACAAUGUAUGAGUUGCUCAGCUUCGACAAACUUGUGGGUUUGCUUAGUAUGUGGAAACGUUGGCUGUAGCAGAUAUGCACCAGAACAACACUCUUUGAAACAUUUUGUUGAAACAGGCCAUUGCUUUGCUAUGGAAUUAACCACUUCUCGUGUGUGGGAUUACGCUGGUGACAAUUAUGUGCACCGGCUCAUAGCAAAUGAGGCUGAUGGAAAAAUUGUGGAGUUGCCCGAGAAGGACUCUUCAGAAGAAUCAAAAAGCAAAAGUGAGAGCGCAGGUUUGGAAUACUCCGACUUGCUCAUGAGCCAGUUGAUCAGUCAAAAGGAAUACUAUGAAUUGUUGCUCAACGAAAAGGAUCGUACAGGGGAGCUUCGUCUGCGGAGAGGUUCUUCUAUUGCAGAAGGGAAAAGAGUCAGUGAAUUGGAAGAAAAGGUGGCGGAAUUGUCUGAAAAAUUUACAAAACUUACCACAAAUGUUGUGCCAGCAUUGAAGCAGAAGAUAGACAUGAAAGACACCUCUCUUCGCAUAGCAGCAAAAGAAUUGUCGGAACUAAAUGCACUAAAUGAAGGUCUUUCGAACAAAGUGGAGUAUUUGACGAAGGAGAAUGCAGAACUCAAGGCGCAAAAUGAAGAUUUGUCUGAACAGGUCAAAGAUCUCAUGUUCUACUUGGAAUCGCAGGAGAAGUUCAAAGACCAGCCAGAGGAGGUAAGAGAAGGCACAAUUGUGAUGCAACCUGCCAAGGGGAAGAAGAAAAAAGGUAAGCGCUGA